AUGGAAGAAAAGGAAGAAACAAAAGAGAUAAAGAUAUCUCAUAAUGAAUUAGUAGAUAGCGGUGUAAAACAACUUAUCGAGAGUCCUCAUCAGGAAAAUGUUAAUUCUAGCAAUAGUGUUGGGGUUGAACUUAUAGAUGAAAGGCCUAACUUGCCAGAACAAGUUACUGAUUCUGUAACAACAGUAAUGGACGAGGACCAGUUUGAGCAAGUAUCUUUAAAAGACCAAGAGAAGAAUAAUGAGCAUGAGGGUCCAAACCGCUCAUCUGGUUCUGAUAAUAAACAGCACCUAUUUGGUGGAAAUGCGGAGGAUUUUCGAUAUUCAUUUGGGUCAAACUCUAUAGAGAAUGAUUCUUCCCUAGUCAUGCAUCAUGAUAAUCUUUCUUGUAGCCCAGGGUCAGAAGGACAUUAUGGUCAUACAUCCAAGCAUUUUCCCUCAUCAAUUAGUUUUGAUUCUAUUGGAUAUUCUGCUGUUAAUUCUCCACCAAAGCCAAGACAAAAACAUGCAAAGCCGAAUGUCUCUCCAGAAUUGCUCCAUUUAGUUGAUUCUGCUAUAAUGGGGAAACCUGAAGGUGUGGACAAGCUGAAGAAUAUUGCAAGUGGGGUAGAAUAUUUUGAUAGUGGGGAAGAAAUGGAUAGUGUGCCUUUCUUAAUUGUAGAUUCACUUCUUGCAACAAUGGGUGGUGUUGAAAGUUUUGAAGAGGAUGAAGAUAAUAAUCCUCCUAGUGUGAUGCUGAAUUCCCGGGCUGCAAUUGUAGCAGGUGAACUUAUUCCUUGGCUUCCUUAUGCAGGUGAUAAUGAUGAUGUGAUGUCACCAAGGACACGGAUGGUUAGGGGACUGCUUGUGAUAUUAAGGGCUUGCACUAGAAAUAGAGCAAUGUGUUCAAUGGCUGGCCUAUUAGGAGUGCUGUUGAGAACAGCAGAAAAAAUUUUCACGGUGGAUGUUGGCUUAAAUGGGCAAAUGAGGUGGGAUGGAACUCCUUUGUGCCAGUGCAUACAAUACUUAGCAGGCCAUUCUCUCAUUGUGAGUGAUCUUUGUAGAUGGUUUCAAGUGAUUACAAAAACACUUACCACAAUUUGGGCUCCACGAUUAACGCUUGCAUUGGAGAAAGCAAUAAGUGGAAAGGAGUCAAUGGGACCAGCUUGCACCUUUGAGUUUGAUGGUGAAAGUUCUGGGUUGCUUGGUCCAGGUGAAAGUCGUUGGCCAUUUAUCAAUGGGUAUGCUUUUGCUACAUGGAUCUACAUUGAAUCAUUUGCAGACACAUUAAAUACAGCUACAGUUGCUGCUGCAAUUGCUGCAGCUGCAGCAGCUAGGUCGGGUAAAUCAUCAGCUAUGUCAGCUGCUGCUGCAGCUAGUGCACUUGCUGGUGAAGGUACAGCACACAUGCCACGUCUGUUCAGCUUUUUAUCCGGUGAUAAUCAGGGUAUAGAGGCUUAUUUCCAUGCUCAAUUUUUGGUUGUUGAAACUGCUAGUGGAAAGGGAAAGAAAUCUUCUUUGCAUUUUACCUAUGCUUUCAAACCGCAAUGCUGGUACUUCAUUGGUCUUGAACAUAUAGGCAAGAAUGGAAUUCUUGGGAAAGCAGAAAGUGAAGUCAGAUUGUAUGUAGAUGGAUCUUUAUAUGAAAGUCGUCCUUUUGAGUUUCCUCGAAUUUCCAAACCUCUUGCCUUUUGCUGCAUAGGGACUAACCCUCCUCCUACUAUGGCUGGUUUGCAACGCCGUCGUCGUCAAUGUCCUCUGUUUGCUGAGAUGGGUCCUGUUUACAUCUUCAAGGAACCAAUUGGCCCGGAAAGAAUGGCAUGCCUGGCUUCUAGAGGAGGGGAUAUAGUUCCUUCUUUUGGUAAUGCUGCCGGGCUACCAUGGCUAGCAACUAAUGCGUAUGUGCAGAGGAAGGCAGAGGAAAGUAUGCUUUUGGAUGCAGAAAUAGGAGGUUGCCUUCACCUGCUCUAUCAUCCUAGUUUGCUCAGUGGGCGUUUCUGUCCAGAUGCUUCACCUUCCGGUGCUUCAGAAAGUCCCCUGGUUCCUGGAACUCUUCGGCGACCAGCAGAGGUUCUUGGGCAAGUCUAUGUUGCUACACGAAUGCGACCAGUGGAUGCUUUGUGGGCAUUGUCCUAUGGUGGUCCUUUGUCUUUGCUUCCUUUGGCUAUAAGCAAUUUACAUGAUAAUACUCUGGAACCUCAGCAAGGGAAUUCACCUUUGUCUUCAGCCACUGCUUCUCUUGCAGCCUCAAUAUUUAGAAUUAUAUCCGCAGCUAUUCAACAUCCAAGGAACAAUGAAGAAUUGGCUCGUGGAAGAGGACCAGAGGUUUUAUCAAAAAUUUUGAAUCAUCUUCUCCAAACUCUAUCUUUACUUGAUGAUAGAAAGCAUGAUGGUGUAAAAGACGAGGAACUUGUUGCUGCUGUUGUAUCCCUCUGUCAAUCUCAGAAGAUCAACCAUGCACUUAAAGUGCAGCUCUUCACAACACUGCUGUUAGAUUUAAAAAUUUGGAGUUUGUGUAGUUAUGGCAUACAAAAGAAGCUUCUAUCAUCUCUUGCAGAUAUGGUUUUCACUGAGUCAAUGGUAAUGCGAGAUGCUAAUGCCAUUCAGAUGCUUCUUGAUGGCUGCAGAAGAUGUUAUUGGACUGUUCCUGAAAUUGAUUCGUUAAAUACUGUUUCUCUAACGGGGGCUACUCGUCCAGUAGGUGAAGUCAAUGCUUUGGUUGAUGAGCUCUUGGUGGUAGUUGAACUUCUCAUAGUGGCAGCACCUCCUUCAUUGGCCUCAAAUGAUGUCCGAUGUUUACUUGGAUUCAUGGUUGACUGUCCACAACCUAACCAGGUAAAGCAGUAA